UUCUUGAAAAUGUUCGUGUUUAUGCUAGAAUGUCACCUAAACAAAAAGAAAAGGCAGUAAAUUCAUUGAAACGUAUGGGAUUUGUAACUCUGAUGUGUGGAGAUGGAACAAAUGAUGUUGGAGCUUUAAAACAUUCUGAAGUUGGGGUUGCACUUCUUUCACAUCCAAUUAAAAACGAAGAAAAACCACCACAAUCAAUUGAAAACAAACCGACAAUGACUGAAAAUGAUGUUUCAAAUCCUUUAAAAACUGUAAAGAAACUUCCUGUGAAUCUACCUUCGAAUAUUGUAUCUAGAAAUGAAGCCAAAGGAUCUGGUCGUCAACAACUUUUAACUCGUCAAAGUCAGAUGCAGAAUCGUUUGGAUCAAAUGAUGCGUGAAAUGGAACAAGAAGAACAAGCUAAGGUACGAUUAGGUGAUGCUUCUUAUGCUGCUCCAUUUACAUCAAAAUCAACUUCUAUUCAGUCAAUUUGCAAUAUAAUUAAACAAGGAAGGUGUACUUUGGUUACAACAAUGCAAAUGUUUAAAAUUCUUGCACUCAAUGCUCUAGUUCUCGCAUAUAGUCAAAGUGUACUUUAUUUGGAUGGAGUUAAAUUUUCUGAUACUCAGGCAACUGUGCAAGGAAUUUUUUUGGCUGCUUGUUUUCUUUUCAUUUCACGCUCAAAACCAUUAAGGACGCUUUCCAAACAAAGACCAAUGGCCAAUAUUUUCAAUGUUUAUACUUUAACAACAAUUACUUUACAAUUUUCUGUACAUUUUGCCUGUUUAAUCCACAUUGUUAAAUUAGCACAUAAUUUAGAAGAAAGGUUUUUUUUUAUUUUUUAA